AAAGUAUAGCUCUAUUCAUUCCUACACGACAAGCAUAACUCUCUCUCUCUCUCUCUACUGCCACUCUUCACCUUUUGCCAGAAAACGUCGUCGUUUCCAGCCACACAUCUUAUCUUCCUUCCCUCUCAUCUAAAACUCUUCUAUAUUUCCAUUUUUCUUUUUAUUUUUUUCCCCAUUGAUUCCAAAAUCGGAAAGGCAUAUUAAUCACGUUUCCGUUUUUGGAUUUUUCUAUAUAUUUGCACAUACAUCAGUGUCGUCGGUCUGGUCCGAUUUUCACUUUUUUUUUUCAGAAUUAACUUUUUCUCCAUUUAUGUCACUCUUCCAUUGAUGGUGAUUUAUUAUCUCGAGAUUUCACGGAUCUCUGUAUUAUUCUCUUUACAAGUCCUGUAAUAGUAAGAAGAAGUACUUCUCAGAAAAAAAAAACUGAGAAGCUUCAAUGGAAUUAUUGCAGCUGAACGUCGUCGUUUUAUCUGCGUUGGCUAUGCUAACCUGUUCCCCGUGGCAGGCUUUUUCUCAGAAAACUCACCUUUCAGUGGGUAUGACUCUGGUUCGAAACGCUUCGGCUCUCGGAGCUCUUUGCUUGGAUGGGAGUUUACCGGCGUAUCAUUUGCACAGAGGAUUUGGAGCUGGAACAAAAAAUUGGCUUCUGCAAUUUGAGGGAGGUGGGUGGUGUAAUGAUAUAAAGUCAUGUUUAGAGAGAGCUAACACGCGCAGAGGAUCAACACGUUACAUGACCAAGUUUGAGGUUUUCUCUGGAAUCCUAAGCAAUAAUGCUUCUCUUAAUCCAGAUUUUUACAAUUGGAACCGCGUGAAGCUAAGAUAUUGUGAUGGAGCCUCUUUUGCUGGAGAUGGGAAGUUUGACAAUGGGACAUCAUUGCUCUAUUUCAGAGGUCAAAGGAUCUGGGAAGCUAUCGUUCUUGACCUUCUACCUAAAGGUUUAGGACAGGCUCACAAGGCUCUUUUAUCAGGAUGCUCUGCUGGGGGUUUAGCUUCCUUUUUGCAUUGUGAUAACUUCACCAAAUAUUUACCAACAAAUACCACUGUAAAGUGCUUGAGUGAUGCUGGUUAUUUUCUUGAUGAGGCUGACAUUAGCUUGAAUCGCCCUAUGAGGUCUUUAUACAAAGAAAUAGUUUCUCUACAGGGUGUAGAGCAGAAUCUGGACAAGAACUGUACCACACACCUUAAACUCCCAGAGUUGUGCUUUUUUCCUCAAUACGCAUUGAGAUUCAUUCAGACACCAUUUUUUGUUCUGAACUCAGCAUAUGACGUAUUCCAAUUCCAUCAUGGGUUGGUGCCACCUUCUGCUGAUCCACAUGGUCAUUGGAACCGUUGCAAACUUAAUCCUGCUGCAUGUGAUGCUAACCAGACAGCCAUAUUACAAGAUUUCAGGCAUGAUAUGAUUGUAACUCUAAACUAUUCAUUCACCCAAAACUCAAGAAGAGAUGGGAUGUUUAUUAAUUCAUGUUUCGCUCAUUGCCAAAGUGAGUCUCAAGAUACUUGGUUUGCUGUUGAUUCCCCAACAGUUCACAAUAAGACCAUUGCAGAAGCCGUUGGAGAUUGGUACUUCGGUAGGAAGAUAACCAAAGAAAUAGACUGUGCUUAUCCAUGUGACACUACUUGCCAUAAUCUUAUUCCUUAAUUCUAAUAUCCUUAGGCUCGAGAGAUGGAAUAUAUCGGGGCUUAAGGGGAAUAGAGUAACCUUUUUCUACACAAAGAUUUUUUUUUAAUUCUCUAAAAGAGGAAUUGACUAAAGCAGCUUAUGAAUGAAGUAAACCCUACUAGGAAGCAAUGGAUUUGGAUUCUUUGAAAAGGAAAAGCAAAAUAUACUGACAUACCAUUAAUACUACUAAAUUUAGGAAUAAAAUAAUGAAAAAUGAUACGUAUCACAUAUUAUUAUUGUUCUUAUUACAAAAAGAAGGGAAAGGAAAAAAAAACAAAUUAUUAUAUCAAUAAUGGACAAUAUGUUGACAAUUGUCUAAAAUAUCAUUGUACAAGUAUAUAUAUCCUACAUUGAGGAAAUUAUUUAACUUAUUCCCAUGCAA